AGAGUGUACCUGGAUGAAGAAUCUGAACGCACCCCUUCGUGUGCCGCUCCUAACCUCUGUGAAAGUCUUUUAAAUGCGUUCGAUACUACCUUUAAAUACAGAGUUGGAACUUUAAUAAGGUUAAGUUAUAACUUAAUGUGGUAAUAUCACAAUUUUUUAUUUUAUUCUGGUGGUGUCAGGACGACUAUACAUUUGCGAUCGUUCGUCAUGGUUUUGUGUAAUAUCGAGUGUGUAGAGAAAGUAGCGCAAUAUCUAGAUGUUCCUUCGGGAAAAUUAGAAUUUUCUGACAAGAACAUAUUGCUUGCUUCAGGAAAUGAAAAAAAUUCACCACCUGUUCAAGGUUUCAACACAAUUAUACAAGCACUUGCGAAAAAUUCAAAAUAUAUCGAUAUAAUCGGCAGGGAGAAAGAAACACAAGCUCGAUCGCAACAGUGGCUAGAAUAUAUUACAGUCUGUGUUAAUCAUGCAGAUUUUCCCUUUAAUGCCAAGAAAAUAUUGAAUGAAUUAAAUACAGCUUUAAUAGAUGUCACGUAUUUAGCUGGCACACAGAAAACCAUCGCAGAUAUCACGCUGUACUAUGCUCUUCAUUCCAUAAUGAAAGAAUUAAACCAUCAAGAAAAGGCGCAAUAUGUUCAUGUAUCGAGGUGGUUCGACAAUGUUCAACAAGAAGAAAAAUUGAGACAAGAAUUGGAUUUAAUUUCCUUUGAUUUAAUGCAUAUAUUCCUAUAAUUAACUCAGAACGCUUCGCGUUUGAAACUUGCGAUAUUUCCUUUUUAUGCAAAGUAUGAUGAUUAAAUUAAUUUUAAUGGUGUA